CCUCCUUUUUACUCAAGCUCUGUUCGUAGAGCACCAAACAAAAAUGCAGAUCUUUGUAAAGACCCUGACGGGCAAGACCAUCACUCUUGAGGUCGAGCCCAGUGAUACUAUCGACAAUGUCAAGGCUAAGAUCCAGGAUAAGGAGGGCAUCCCCCCGGACCAGCAGCGUCUGAUUUUCGCUGGAAAACAGCUCGAAGAUGGACGUACACUGUCUGACUACAACAUCCAGAAGGAGUCUACUCUCCACUUGGUGCUCCGUCUCCGUGGUGGUGUUAUCGAGCCCACUAUGAGAAUCUUGGCCCAGAAGUACAACUGUGACAAGAUGAUCUGCCGCAAGUGCUACGCUCGUCUUCACCCCCGUGCCACCAACUGCCGUAAGAAGAAAUGUGGACACACCAACAACUUGCGUCCCAAGAAGAAGCUGAAGUAGAUGAUGAUAUUGAUCUGCUACUCUAAUAAACCUAUGGAUAUAGAAAACAUCAGCUCCAA